UAAAACUUUAAAGAACAUGUAUCACGUGACGAAUGAAUUAUUGAUAAAUAUCAGGGGUUAAUUUUUGUCUUGUUAUGUCUACACAUUGACGGACUUUCUUCCAACUGAAAACUUCAGCGCACGGAUUUCAAUAUAUUUGCAGAGAAAAACUUUUGUUUGAUGAGAUAGUGUGGAAGUGUAGUAUAAAGAGGGGAAAAGUCAAAACUGUCAACAGAUUCAAAAGGACCAUCAAAAUUGAUAAUCGUCAUUAGAAGAUCUAGCAAAAAGAUGUCCGGAGAGAAUGGUCAAGGUUCUGGGAAUAACAGAAACGGGGAUAAUGACAGUUCUCCACAGAACGACCCUGAUACAGAAAUUAGAAGAACGGAGGAAUUAAUUAAAGAAAAGGAGAAAUCCAUCGAAGGUCUUAACGAAGACAUAAUAAAAGCUCAUGAAAAAUUGAGGACUGUUGAAGAAAGCACAAUAUCAAAACAGAAAGAAUUUAAAUCGUUAUCAGAUAAGGUAAAAACACAAGAGAGUUCAUUGAAGUCAUGUAAUGACCAAUUAGUCAGUGCUAAAACAGUACUUACCCAAACCACUGAAAGACACAAACGAGUAGCAGACGAGCUUGCACGAUUAGACGAAACCCAUUCUCUCAACAGACGUUUACAACAGAUGUUGACCAAGGAGAACAAAACAAAUGAGACAAAGCAACAGGAGUUAAACGCACUAAUUGUAAAUAACACUUCAAUAGAGGCAGAUCGAAGACAAAAAGAGGAAAAGAUAGCACAACUGACGAUAGAAUUGUGUCAUGUUCGUGAGAGUCACGAGAAAUAUAAGAAACAAAUAGAAACUGCAUUAGGUAAUCUACAAAGCAAACUACAACUUCAAGAAAGAACCAUCAAAAUAAAGGAAGAUGAUGCCAAAUCUAAAAUGUUGCAGAUUAAUAAGUUACAAGAAAAUAAACAGCAGUUGGAAGGUCAAAUACUACAGCUCACCAUGGCUUUCAGACAGAAGGAAAUGGAUUUACAAAAAGAAUCCUCAGAACAUCAGCAAACACAUUUACAGCUUUUACAACAAUUUGAAGAAGGGAUGCGGUUAAAUUCCCAGUUAGAAUCCAAGGAAAAGGAACUAGAAGUUUUGCAAGAUGAGGUAGCAAAGGUUAAUAUUAAAGCAAGGGAACUUACUAUAAAAUAUCAUGAAUUACCAGAGAAAGAAGUACAGUUUAGAAGGAUAGAGGAAAGUAGCAAUUAUCUUCGAGAAGAAAAUGCUGAACUUCUGGAGCAAAUUAAAGAUGCUAAACGUUUGCAGUCACUAGUGUCAGGUCUCAGAGAACAAAAUGAAUCAUAUUUCAAGGAUAAGGAAUCAUUCCGAGAAAGAAAUAAAGUUAUGGAGGAAAAAUACAGAGAAAUUUUACAACAGUAUGGUCAACAAAUGGGAGAAUCGCAAACUUUUAUGGGACAAAAAGUUAGUUUAAAGACACAACUUAAGCAGAAGAGUGAUGAAGUGAACGCUUUGGCCAACAAACUUAAAGAACUUUUUGGGAAAGUGCAAUAUCUAGAAACAGCUUUAACAGAGUCUCAAAGGGAAUUAUGGGAAGCAAGAUCUCUUUUCCGUCCACAGACAGUAACCGACACCUUUGGUAACUUGGGAAAUUUGAAUGCAUAUACGCAUUCAUACAAUAGAACAAUAGCACAAAAUGAUUCAGGAUAUGCAGACCAUUCCCUUAGUCAUUCCAUGGAAGGAAGAACGAACAAUAAUGGUACACCUUGAAGAUUUGAUGGAUUUGGAGUUGAUAAGGGUCAAAGAAUUUGAAAUUUUAUUCAAAUAUUAUAUCAAAAUGGAAAUUGAUUUUAUGAUAAUAUUCUAAUAAAAAAUAAAGUCGUACGUUAUAUAUGUA